AUGCAAGAGAUCCUCGAUGAUGCUGCGCACUUCGUCCCUUUGACGCAUGACCCAACCGCUAAAGCGGAACGCUCUUUGGUGGACCACCUCCGUGAGUUGAAGAAGAAGGGCCACCUGGAUGAGGCUACCUACUGCCGCCUCUCCUCAUCGGACGGCGCUACUCCCAUAAUUUACGGCCUCCCCAAGAUACACAAGCCUGGGUGCCCUCUGAGACCGAUUGUCUCGUUCAUCGGGUUGCCCACGUACAACCUGUCCAAGUAUCUAGUAGAACUUGUGACUCCCGUUACCGGCAACAACAACCUGACGGUGCGCAACUCGAAGGAGUUUGUCGAGCUGCUCCGGACGCAAGCCCCCAGCAGCAACGAUGUCAUGGUGUCAUUUGAUGUGGUGUCACUGUUCACCAACGUUCCGAAGGAUCUCGCGGUACAAGUGGUGGAGGCCCGACUACGGAAGGACAGCACCCUGCCAUCACGAACGUCACUCACAGUUGAAGAGGUAGCUAUACUCCUGAGAUUCUGCCUCAAUCAAACUCAUUUCACCUUCAACGGCAAGUGUUAUCAUCAAAUCGAAGGAUGCCCUAUGGGAAGCCCUGUGUCAGUGACGCUGGCAAACUUGGUCAUGGAGCACAUUGAAGAGACGGCCAUGGAACGGUUCUCCCGUCCAGUUAAGUUCUACCGCUACUACGUAGAUGAUACGUUCGUCAUCCUAGACAGGGACCACGUCGAUGAAUUCCACUCGGUUCUCAACUCCAUCGAAUCAUCGAUCAAUUUCACGUAUGAAGUUGAGCAGAGCGGCAAGCUUCCUUUCUUGGAUGUAUGUGUAUGCAGGGACAGCACGGGGAGCAUCCAUAUGUGUGUCUACAGAAAGCCCCGCGAUACCGGCACUUUCCUAAGUUUUGGCUUGCAUCACCCCACGGAACACAAGCGAAGUGUGGUGCGAACUUUAUUGCACCGUUCAGAGCAAUUGUCAUCUUGCAGCGAGCUACGGGCUUGUGAAGAUGCGACGAUCACCGCUUCCCUGGACAAGCGAGGCUACCCACAUUCGUUUAUUGAGGACACCCGGAAACGUAUGCAGCUACGUAAACCGCAGGAUGAGGACCCCUCCCCCCUUACCCAGGUCACAAUUCCAUACGUCAAAGGCGUUUCGGAAUCUAUCCACUGGGCGCUACUUUCAUUGAAAAUCUGGACGACCUUCCGACCGCACGUUAAACUGCGCAGCCUCAUCUCCAAGCCAAAGGACACUGUCGCCCCAGAAGACCAGUCUGGCGUUGUAUACAAGCUACAAUGUCUAGGUUGUGACACGUGCUAUAUUGGCGAGACAGGCCGGAAAAGAAGGACCCGCAUAAAAGAACACAAGAGCGACGUCCGGAACGCAACACAUGCCACACGGCUAAGACCGAACUCGGCGAGCAUUCUUGGAACACGGGGCAUUGUUUCGGCUACGAUAACGCGGUGA